AGGCCAGCAACAGGGAAACGCUGAAGGCGCUGGGGGAGGGAGUUCAGGGGUUAAAAGCCAUGGGUUGAGGCUGAAAUUGGAGGCAGCUGGCAGCAGAAGUCACGCGGGCCCGACCCAGGCUCCGCCCGCCCUGCCCCCCACCACAAAGUCACCAUGUGGCCCCUGGCCGCCGCGAUCUCUUUCCUGACGGUGGCCUGGUCAGGAGGCAUCUCUCGGGAGUACCCCAAGAUUCUCAAUGGCACCAAUGGGACCAACGGGUUCCUCCCUGGUGGCUACACCUGUACCCCCCACUCUCAGCCCUGGCAGGCAGCCCUACAAGUGCACGGGCGGCUGCUCUGCGGGGGGGUCCUGGUGCACCCCAGAUGGGUCCUCACUGCAGCGCACUGCCUAAAGGAAGGGUACAGAGUGUACCUGGGCAAGCAUGUCCUGGCGCGUGUGGAGGCUGGGGAGCAGGUGCGGGAGGUGGCUCGAGCUAUCCCCCACCCUCAGUACCAGAGCAGUCCCACCCACCUGAACCAUGACCACGACAUCAUGCUUCUGGAACUGAAGUCCUCCGUGCAGCUCACCAGGCACAUCCAGACCCUGCCCCUCUCCCGCCAGCACUGCCUGCCCCCCGGCACCUGCUGCCGGGUGUCUGGCUGGGGCACCACCACCAGCCCCCAGGUGACUUACCCCCAAACCCUCCAAUGUGCCAACAUCGAGCUUCGCUCAGAUGAAGAGUGUCAUCGAGUCUACCCGGGGAAGAUCACACCCAACAUGCUCUGUGCCGGCACAAAAGAGGGUGGCAAUGACUCCUGUGAGGGUGACUCCGGGGGUCCCCUGGUCUGUAACGGAAAACUCCACGGCAUCAUCUCCUGGGGAGACUUCCCAUGUGGGCAGCCCAACCGGCCUGGUGUCUACACCCGGGUUUCUCAGUAUGUUCCGUGGAUCCAAGAAACAAUCCGAAAGGGGAAAACUUGGCAACAGGAAUGGGCGAAGGGCCCACAAUAAAAGUCGGGUUGGCGUCCCUGCCCCCUUACUCGGUUGGCCCAGCCCUUCUCUGUCCCUCCCAAAGUGUUCCACUUGCACUAGCAACCUAUAUUCUCCAAACUUCCGAUCCCAGCUGACAUUGCAUGUUUCAAAAGCAUUCAGUCAUUUUCAGCAUCAUGCUCUCCCAGACGUUGCAUCACUGAAACAUCCCAGUCCCCUGAACGUCCCAAUGAAGACAACAUUCCAGAUGUCCCAACUGUUUCAACAUAAAACCUAGAUCACCAUCUGAAUGUGCAAUCUGUGAAACACUUGGAUGCCUCCGUCUGCCCAUCUCAACAAUAUUCUAUGUUCUGUGAAUGGAACUUCCUUGACAACAUCCUAUACCCCUUCAAGUAUUUAUUCACCGCCAAUAUUCUAGAUCCUUCUAUGUUUUGUACUCAAGAAGGUUCUAGACUCCCAAGACAUUUCUUCCUGAAAAUAUUCUUUCGUCUGCAGCAUCUUCUGCCCUGACAACAUUAUGUGCACCUCUGAUUCAUCACAGCUAACUUUGGAGCCUCAUGAUGAUUCAUUCAUUCAAACGAACCUGCGGAAAUUCCUGGAGACAUUUCUGGGUCUCCCCAGUUGUCCCAUUUCUACCUACAGUCCAUGUUCUGCCAAUAUUCCCUGUCUCUGAACCCCCAUGUGCAUUCAGUGUCAACAGUGCUGUAAAUUCUAGGGUGCUGGGGUUGACUGUUCCAAGAGGCCUCCGUGCUCCUUUGCUGAUGUUGCUGUUCAGUUGCUAAGUCUGUCUGACUCUUUGUGACCCCAUGGACCGCAGCACAAUAGAUUCCUCUGUCCUUCACUAUCUCCCUGAAUUUGCUCA